CCAGGGACUGAGCCCACGCUGACUGGUUGUCCUCGUCCCAGGCCGAGGACGCAGAGGAGGGAAUUGUGUGCAGGUCGGAGGUAAGCAAGAGAGUGAGAGAGAGAGGAAGGAAGUGCAGCCCACAGUCUGCUCACAAUGAGCCACAGAGCUCGCUGAGGGCAGCAGAGAUGUGAAAGACUUCACUAACAACGUCUGUUAGGCUCAUGAACACCAGAGAGAGAGUCUGCUUCUGUCUGACCUGAGGCAGCGAGGGGAGCACAUCAGAGAGCUAACUGCUCCAGAAGAAAAGACAGAGAGGAGCAGGCAGGGAGACCAGUCCAGCUUGCAGGGCAGGGUCUUCUGCACAGCACUCUGGGAUAACAGCCAUCCCACUGUCACCUGUAGGCUCUCCUGCACAGCACUCUGGGUGCCUGCUGAAGCUGACAAAACCUUUUAUGGUCGUUUUCACCAUUACUAUUAUCUUCAGUGUAAAGGCUGUCUUUGUGUUACAGCUUCCUCUCCAGUGAGGGAGAUCUUCACCGAGCUGUUUCUUGACAGAUCGCAGUGAAUCAUCCAUGACGACAAAGGCUGACUUAUUGUUCUGCACACCCACCAGUGUGCUGGAGGAGCAGAGCUUCACUGCUGCGCUCUGUCCUCCUGCAUGAGAGAGAAGGAAAUAAGAACACAUGCAGUUGUCAGUUUUUCAAAGACCCAUCAAGUCAACUUGAUUUGGAGAUGACUAAAACGAUGCCUUUUUUUUUGUUUGUUCUGAAAUGACAGCAAUCUGCUCUUUGAAAACGGCAUCAAAGACGUAAAAAUGGAUUGACACCAAAACAAUUUUUCCAUGGGUAGCAUGCUCCUACACACUUCCGUUUCUCAGGGGAGCUUGGAUGUCCUUUUUUGUUCAAAUGUGUGAUUCUAAAUCUAGCAACAACAGAGCUACAAUCUAAUUCUCUCGUCAGCAUGACAGAUAUAUGGAUCUCAAUCACAGCUGCUCUGUUUCUCAGUGCUUAGCCCCCUGCCUGGCUGGGUGUGUCUCUGCACUCUCCAGAGAGUGCUGCUACAAUCUCUGAACACGAGCUACAGUGUCCAGAACUCAGCUGGCCACAGUCAGGAGCUUUCACACUGCAGCCUAGCUCCAGGACACCUGCUCUAACAAUAGGGAACUGAACAAGUGCUGUAUCAUUGUGGUUAGUGUUUUAGAGAUGAACAUUCAACUGACCAAAUUACACGGCACAGAAUGAAUUGAUACUAUUUGUUUCCUUGGCAGCUCUCAAGAUGCAGUGUGAUGCUUUCAGCUCUCAGAACUGUAACCAGUCAGAGACUCAUAUCUCUGUCAUUCGUGAUAAAGUGUGUGCUUGGAAUGAGAACUGGUUAAUGAAUAGAAAAUAGAGAAUACAGAUAAGGGGUGAAUACUCAAACUGGGUUGUUGUAAUUACAGGAGUACCACAGAGAUCUGUAUCAGGACCACUGCUCUUCCGAAUUAAUAUCUAGACACUGGUUUAGUUACUGAAGUAGUGUUUCCAAAGGAUAUAAAAAUAAGAUUAGCAACCACUGUAAAAUCAGCUAAGAAAAUUCCAAAUGUUUUAGACAAAAUUCAGGACUUAGGCAGGUGACAAUUAAGGCAAACAAACGGGGAUUGUAAAAUUUGAGUGCAAAAAUAAGACUGCAAACAACUGAGCUUGUUUAUUGAAUGUUUCUGAACUUGAAGAAGCUACAUUAGAAAAUGACAUGAGUUUAUGUGCACAUGUGUUGAUCAUCUAGAUCAAAUAAAUCUAGACAUUAAAAGCAAUAAAAAGGAACAGAAUGUUAGGAUAUAUACAGUAGUUAAACAUGCAGAAUUCAACUCAAGGGAUAUUGUGCACCGUGUAUAGUGUAUGUCAGACCUCAUUGGGAAUAUUGUUUGGUCACCACGCUGCUCUGGAAUCAGUCCAAAAAAGAGCAAAUAGCUACAUUCCCAGUCCUGUAUGGACAGGGUGAAAUGAAUGAAUCUCUUCAGUCUUGAAAAGAGAAGACCACAUACAGGGAUCGUGAUACAAGAAUUCCCAAUCCUCCAAGACCCUGAGCACAAAGACAGCAGACACCAGUGGAGCGGCCCAGGGCACUCAGGUGGGAACUGCAGGGUCUUGCUUUUCAAAAAAUCAUUCCUCAGAGCAAUAGAGCAAUAGAUGUGUCAAUUUCCUGCAACAGAGCUGCCGAUCAGCUGUAAUGGAGCAAUAUUCUCUGCUGCUGCCAGCCAUGUCUUCUGCUCCCCUGGUAAUUUCACAAAACAAAUUCAGUUUGAACUGCGUCCAGUACAAAAUUCCACAAAAAUUGCACUUAUAGGUUGAGUUGGGCCACGUGAAGCAGAUGAUUGAAAUGUCAGGCCUGUGAAAAGCUCCAGUCUUCUCUGUGUGGGGGGCUGUGAAGGCUGCCAGCUGAGCAGAGCUCCGUGAAGACGCUCCGGCGCGCGCAGGGUUAAAGAGGCCUGUCGCACUCAGUGUGGGGGCUGGGGGAGGCACAGUCCUCGUUGGCUGGAGAUUUUCACUGGUGAUGAAAAACGUGAUUCCGUCUGCAGCGGCACUGCAGCGCGGACUGCAGAGAGAGAGAGCGAGCAGGAGAGCAUCCAGAGCAGCAGGAGGAGGCAAGGACAGAGACGCAGCGCGGAGGAGAGCAAUGGGCAGAGCUGGAGCUGCACGGCAGAGGAAUUAUUAGCACAAUGGAGGGCAGAGGGAUGGUCGGGACCGCAUGACAGCUGAAGGGAGGCAGCAAGAGAGAUUACAGCACCGCCAGAGAGGCUGGGGAUACAGCGGAAGGAGAGCACUGCUCCGCUCGGGACAGACAGGUACAGACACACAGAGCAGAGAGCCGCUCAGGAAACAGCAGGCAGGGAAAGCCAGGAAUAAACAUCCAAGGAAGGAGGAGGGACAGAUCAAGAGGAGGGUGGAAUUCUCCGAGUGAAUCGGAAGCAAGCUUCACGCUGCACAACGAAGAGAGGUUCUCCGACCUGUUCCUGCUUUCCUUCUGGAGCCAGGGUCCGACCCGGCACUGUCUGGGGCCGCGGGCCCCCUCCUCUCCCGUCCCCUCCGGCCGGAAGGGGCCACACAUCGCCAGGCUGGAGGCUGGGCGCUGCUGGGCUCGCUGGGAGCACUUCCUCGCUGCAGCCCCCUGACCGGCUCGGGACACCCUGAGGGACAAGGACAGGACCCACCGAGACUGGCACUGCGGCGUGAGGGAGCGCCUCGGGGGCCCGGGGGCCCGGGGGCACGGGGGUGCCAACUGGCCCAUCAGUGGCAGCUCUUUCUGGUGGGAGUCGGUGAAGGCAGGGCCGUCACACACUCUGUCAAGGGGCUGUUGGCACCGAAGGAUCUGAAACACUUCCAGCCCCGAGGAGGCAGCAGAUCUCCGCAGCCGGCCGGCAGCACUGGGGCCGCCUAUGGCUCAAGGGGAGGCCGAGGGGGAGGACGCUGGCAGCCAUGUGACUGAGUGCUAAGGGAGCGGGUCUGAGAGGACAUAGCCGGCAGUCUUACAGCUCAGAAACAACACAACACACCUACAAACCGCAAGUCACAUCUGCCUCCCAGAGGCCAGCAAACCCCACCUCUUCACGCGAACCAGAGGCACUUCAAGAGCUGAAUCUGCAUCCCAACCUCCGACAAGAUCCCGUCUCUCUGCUCAUCUGAUCCUAUUGCACUAAUCCCUGAGAAGCCAGGAGACCCCAGGUUGUACCAGUGCAGAGAGCAUCUUCCUUAAAAUGUGGAAUAUCGGACCUCCGUCAAGACUCUAGAGCCAGGAACAGACGCCAGACAUUAGGAGUCUUGUGUCCAUACAGUCAGCACACUGUCUGGCUUGUUAACAGCUGUCCUGUCCAGGCUUUCUGUAUCUAACACUGGAGCUGAAUUAGGAAAGAGCAACACAUUUUUGUGUUCUCAUGAAUCUCAAAGUUCAUGAAGAAGCUGUUGCACCUGCCUGAGAUGAGUUCUGAUUCCCUUUUACUCCUGUGAGAGACAGCUGUGGGCUGAUUGGAACAAGUCUCCCUGCACCCUGACAGAGUCAGUCAGGAGCCAUCAGUACUGGGAUCUCGCUGCCACUCAGGGCCAAAGGAUUUAGCAGUUAAGAACGUUCCUGCUCCAGGACACAAAGCUGUCAACAGAGUUCAAGUUCUACCUGUACGUCAGUAUGUUCGUGUGUCAUUAUUUAUUCUUGUAAAUAUCCAGAACAUAUCAUCCUGCUAAACCUGUGAACAUCUGAUAGGCGUCAUCAUCUCACUACUUGUCUGUUACUGUGCUGUAAGCAGUCCAUUGGUUUCUCUGAAGAAGCGAGACCGCUGGCUGCUCGACUGGCGACACUGAGCCUAGUGUAACAGCACCAUCUGCCAUAUCACAGCCUCUUAACCAAAGGGACCUGCAAUAACAGCCAUCCUGCUCCCCACCCACUGGGCCCAGGCUGAUUGACCUCCUGACGGAGAGCCGCCCAGCUCUCUGGACCCUCCAGGAGGGCCUGCUGGGCCUCGCACCGGGAUCCGAAGGGAACAUGGACAGUGCCAUCAGACCCCGAAUUCCAUCGAAUGGCUGAAGGCCAGCAACAGGGACACCCCAAGACAUCCGCGUAGCGCCCAGACUCCUGAGGACAGAGGAGCCCCAGAGCUGAGCUGAACCCCAGCGCCCCGCUCCUCCGCUGUGUGACCUUCCCCCCAGUCGAGCGCAUGUCCUGCCUGCGCCGCCAGACCGUGUCUAUCCCCAUGGACACUGUCAAGAUCAUCCAAUCGGAGAAGUUCCCACACGAGUGCCCCGCCCCCCAGCCUCGCUACGCCCCCUCCCCGAGGGUGGCCUGGGGGGGGGAGGGGGAGGUGAUCGUGAACCAGGCCUGCAGCGACAUCGGCCUGGACGGGGUGAGCGCCCCCCCCUUGGUGCCCCCGCCGCCGCCGCCGUCCCGCAGGGAGAGGGGGUACCUGGCUCCGCGCAAGGCCAGCGCCGCCGAGCUGUGCUACCACAACCAGUACCACUGCAAGGUGGAGGACGUGAUCGUGAACCAGUACGUGCUGCGCUCGGCCGCCGCCGCGCCCUGCGAGCCGCUGGAGUGCCCCACCUGCGGCCACACCUACAACUUCACGGGCAAGCGCCCCCGCAUCCUGUCCUGCCUGCACUCGGUGUGCGAGGAGUGCCUGCAGAUCCUGUACGAGUCCUGCCCCAAGUACAAGUUCAUCUCCUGCCCCACCUGCCGCCGGGAGACUGUGCUCUUCACCGACUACGGCCUGGCGGCGCUGGCGGUCAACACCAGCAUCCUGAGCCGGCUGCCCGCCGAGGGGGGCCUGGGGCCCCCCAACCCCGUGCAGUGGGGUGGCGACUCGGACCGCAGCUGCUACCAGACCGUGCGCCAGUACUGCCAGUCCGCCUGCACCUGCCAGCUGGGCAACCCGCUGUCUUCCUGCGCCAUCAUGUAGCCUCCCGAGCCCCGUGCCCCGUGCCCCCGGACUGACAGAGCUCUCUCUUUCAUAACACUGGAAAAUAGCCUGUGGAGAAGCUGCAGAGACUGAAAGAAUGAGAUAUGAAAAAAGGGAAUUAUCCAAUAAAUGUAUUUUAUGUAUGAA